CUACCCUGGCUGAGAAAGCACAACCCCACCAUCGACUGGACCACACUUUCCAUACAGUUCGCACCCUCCCUUCGGGCGAUGAUAUUCCAACCCACAAUACGCCAAGAAAGGAAUAGGAUUGAAGAGCUACCGAGGGAUGAACCGGACGCGGUAGGGGAUACACCGGAUGAUCCGCGAGUAGUACUGGAAAGCGUAAGCGAGAAUCAGCUCCCGAGAAACCUCAACGAGCCACUAGCCUGGGACCAACCUAUGUACGCACCGCAAGGGAAGAACUCGAAGCAGCGGAAGCGC